GUUAAUGAACGAGCCACUAGCGCCAGGUGUCGCUUUGGACAGCUUGAUAAAGUACUACAAAUCCGGUUACGAUGCGGUGAGAAUGUACACUCCUAGUGCAUACGUGAUCCUAUCGAAUAGAUUGGGAGAAGCAAACGAUACAGAGCUCGUUCCGUUUGCUGCGGGCCUUAACCGCUCGGUGAUAGACGUGCAUUACUACAAUCGUUAUUCCGAUUAUUUCCGGGGCUUGACCGGUCGGCAAAACGUCGAAUUCAUCUACAAGAAACGUUCAAAGCAGUUGCGGGAAUUGAGUCGAGAUGGCGGACCUCUAAGCUUCGUUGGUGAAUGGACAGCCGAUUUAUAUGUUCGAAAUGCUUCGGUGCAUGAAUAUCGGAGAUUUGCCGAAGCUCAGCUAGAGGUGUAUGGGAAGGCCACGUUUGGAUGGGCUUAUUGGUCUUACAAGUGUGAACAAAAGUACUGGAGUUUCAAGUGGAUGAUUGAAAAGAGCUAUAUAAGGCUCUGAGUAUAUAUAUGUA